AUGAAAUAUCAUGUUAUAGGAAAGAAAAUUGUUGUGCCUGUCGAAGUAAAUGAACAAGUGACGAGUAUUGAUAUUGAUUUUACAGUUGAAACUCGUAAUGAUGAAUAUAUUCUUUUAUCUGGAAAAACACGUCAAGUAGAAAAUAAUCAAUUUCAAAAAGAACCAUUAUCUGUAUUUGUUUAUUAUACACCAUUACCUGUAGAAGGAUUAGAACUUGAUAAAGAAGAAACAAAUCGAACAUAUCUUUUUGUUACUUCAAUUGAUGAAAAAAAAUCAAGAGCUAAACAAAGUUUUGAUUAUGCAACAAGUGAACAACAAUCAGAUAAAAUAUUAUUAUCACAUAUAUCACGAUGGAAUGAUAUUUGGUCAAAUGGAUAUGUUGAAGUGAAUGGAAAUGAUGAAUUACAACGACAAAUCAAUUCUGCUUUUUAUUAUAUUUUGAGUUCUCUACCGCCAUUAUCUACUCGAAGUGAACAUAAACAAUUCUAUGGUCUCAGUCCUGGUAGUCUUUCGAGAGGUGGCCUUUUGGGUGAGGAUUAUGGUGGCCAUUCAUUUUGGGAUACAGAAACAUGGAUGUUUCCAUCAGUUCUUCUUUUUUAUCCUACAUUGGCUAAAGAAAUAUUAUCAUAUCGAAUCGCUCUACGUGAUGCUGCAACUGAUAAUGCUCGUCUAUUUGGCUAUGAAGGAUGGAGAUUUCCUUGGGAAAGUGCUAGAACUGGUAUUGAUGUUACACCAGAUUGCUGUCCUGAAGUUCGACUUUAUCAAAUGCAUAUUACAGGGGAUAUUGCAUUUGCAGCCAGGCAAUAUAUUGCAGCUACAGAUAAUCGAGAUUGGCUAUUGAACGAACUUGGUGGGGAACUUAUCUAUGAGACAGCUCGAUUUUGGAGUUCGAGAGCUGUAUACAAUCAUGAGAAAGACCAAUAUGAAAUAUUAACUGUCUUACCACCAGAUGAAGAUGCUCAACCAUUCAAAAAUAAUUCUGUUUUUACGAAUGCAGUUGCUUCACUUUCUAUUCAAUUGGCUGAUAGUGUUAGUUGCAUUACUAAAAAAAUGACGCCUCAAUCUUGGCUUGAUAUUGCAUCAAACUUACAUUUUCCAUUUGAUAAUUUGACUCAAAAUCAUCUUGAAUAUGAAGGUUUUGACUUGAAGAAUACGACUAUUAAACAAGCUGAUGUUGUUCUUCUUGGAUUUCCACUUAUGUGGCCAAUGAGUGAACAAGUAAGACGAAAUGAUUUAUUAGCCUAUGAACCUUUAACUCGUGCUGAUGGUCCGGCUAUGACUUGGUCAAUGCAUUCGAUUGGCUUUAUUGAAUUGGGUGAUUUCGACAAAGCUGAACAACUUUUUCGACGUUCUUAUGAAACUUAUGUUCGACCUCCAUUCAAUGUAUGGACUGAAGCUAAAUCAGGUGUUGGUGCAGUUAAUUUUAUAACAGGUGCUGGAGGUUUCUUACAAGCUGUUCUUUUUGGUUAUGGUGGUAUUCGUCUAAAAUUAGAUCAACUUGAAUUUAAACCUCGUGGUCAUCUACCAAAUCAACUUACAAAACUCAUUUUUCAUGGUCUGAAAUAUCAAGGAACUACAAUUGAUUUGACAAUUGAUAAUAGAAUGUAUGAAAUUUUUGUGCGUGCACAGAAUAGCAAUAAUUCCGUUGCUCUUCUAUACAAGCAAGGAGAGUAUGACGGCUUACUCAAACUAAAUGACCGUCUCUCAUUUCCAAUUGACACUCAUCUUAUUAUUCGUCGAUCGAUACCUCUUUGCCCUUAA